GUGACACCGGGCAGAGAUGGCUCGCGACGCCAACAGCAGAGAGACGCGACGCCUGUCACGCUUCGGCCGCAAACUUCGCAGAGCCUCAUUCAUCCUCCCUAAGACUGGCGAACGCAGCAAACGCGUCUUCACCCUUCGAGAUGCCUCUGCGCGCAUGUCCCAGGACUAUGGCGAGCACACUCGUCCCCUCUUGACUCAAAAUGGAAUCCGUCUUGCUGAGGAUGACCGCGAUUAUCAAGAACCUACACUACUUCAACAGCUUCAGGAUGUUGUCCAAGACCGUGCGCAACAGCUGUAUGCUUUCGCCAUCAGUCCGACUGGCAAAGGCAUCUUCAAAUGUUCCAUCGGCUACCUGCUCGGUUCCAUGGCCACUCUGAUCCCGAGUAUCGCGAAAUUCUUCGGCGAUAAACAGGACUCGAAGCAUAUGGUCGCCACCGUUACCGUCUACUUCCACGCUGCGCGAACAGUGGGAAGUAUGCACGAAGCAACUCUUCUCGCACUUUUGGGAUUCCUCUAUGCCGCUUUUCUCAGCUUCGCCAGUAUGGGCGUGAGCAUCUUCUUCGCACAUCAAAAUAUGAUCAUGGUCGGACACGCCAUUGUCUUGAUCAUCUUCGUGGCUGGAGGAUUUGGUCUGAUGGCGUAUGUGAAGCAGCAACUCGGGAACCCGCUUGUCAAUGUUGCGAUUUCUCUGGCUUCGCUGGGAAGCAUCACUAUUCUACUGAGAGAAGGUUCGAUACAAGCUGGAGCUUUCUCUUAUGAGAGAGUCAGCCAAGUAUUGGGCAUGGUGAUUCUGGGCAUCUUUAUCGCAAGUGUUGUCAAUGUUGUCUUGUUUCCGACGUUGGCGAGGAAGAAGUUAUCGGAGCAGAUGGAGAAGAAUACAGACCUGCUGGGCGAGAUGCUCAUCUCUAUUGCGCGAGCAUUCUUGCAUGGCAGGGAACAGGACCUGGAAGACGAGUACUUCAAGACUCUGGCCAAGGAGCAUCUAUCGAGCCUGAACACCAUGAAAAAGAAUCUGAAUGAGGCAAAGAAGGAGCACUAUGUUUUAGGAAACGAGAGACUCCAUGCUGUCGAAGCGAAAGUUGUGCAGUGUCUUGCUGGACUCUCACAGGACCUAGGAGGACUGAGGAGUGCUGCACUUGCACAGUUUGCGUUUCUUAACGAGCAGCCGACAGUUGCGAUGAAUGGAAGAUCACAGAGCCCUGUAGACAACGAGACUUGGAUCAUGAGUCCAAUACAAAGCCCCGCUCUGGAGCCACAAACACAGAAUUCGAGAAACCUGGACGUGAUCAACGAGAUACCAGAAAAUGGCUCGCUUAGUAGCGAAGAUAGCACGCCACGGCCGCAACGUAAGUCAUCCACGACGAGCCUGUCCCAUGGCACGAACGGCACGAACGGAUACUUUGUCACUCCUAGUGGAACCGGAACGCCCUAUUCGUCGUAUACAGACUACUCUGAACGAGACUACGCGUUGCACACACCUUCUGGACAUCUAGCCAAGAGUCCUGGAGACAUGUUCGUGGCAUUCAUCAGUCAGUUAGGUCCACCUAUCAAAUCUUUGGUCUAUACAUUGAAGCAGACAUUGGACGAACUGCCAUUCUAUGAAAGCAGAGAGCCGAGCUGGAAUCCAUGGGCUGUACGAGAUCUCGAAGUAGCUGUCAGUGAGCAAUUCCAUGGCAGUCUGAGACAUGCUGUAGAGCUGUAUCGCGAAGAGCGAACAAGGGCGCUUUCGGCAUUGUACCAGAAUCGGGCUAUCAGCGCCGCGAUCAAUGCCCAACACGGUGGCAAGAGUUCGUUCUCAACCAGGACGCACACUCCUGGAAACAACUCCCCUGUUGACAGGAGGCUACCGCGUAAGCACGACACGCUCUUCGACAGAAAACCAGAAGAGGUAUUGGCUGAUAUCGAAGAGGUAUCGGCGUGCUGUGGACACUUCUCCUUCGCAUUACUAGACUUUGCAGAAGAUGUGCUGCACUAUCUCGAUGUCCUCGAUGAUCUCAAAGCGGAAAUGGAGUCGCAAAGAACAAGCUGGAACUGGCUCAAGUUUUGGCGCAAAGACCGGAAAUCUUCUGGAGACUCCUUUACCCCUCGGACGAGCACAUAUCCAGAGCACAACGAAGAGCCCGAUGGUGGGUAUCAUAUUCCGGAGGAUAUACGCAAAGCUGAUCGCUUCAUCAUCAGCGCAGAAAACUAUACACGACAUCAGCCUUGGUAUUAUAGUAUUUAUAGAGCUUUUCGCUGGCUGAGAAGAGACGAUACACGCUUCGCUAUCAAAGUCGGUCUCGGAGCAGCUCUCUACGCUCUCCCUGCCUUUCUCCCUGAAUCCCGCCCUUUCUUCCUUCACUGGCGAGGAGAAUGGGGACUGGUCUCCUACAUGGUUGUCUGCUCCAUGACAGUGGGCGCCACCAACACCACCGGCUUCAACCGAAUCUGGGGCACAAUCAUCGGAGCAGGGUGCGCAAUCAUCGCAUGGCUGAUGUCCAAUCACGGCGGAGUCGCAAACCCGUUCCUCCUCGCCUUCUUUGGCUGGCUCAUGUCUCUAUACGGCUUCUACGUCAUUGUCGGGCAAGAUAACGGCCCCAUGGGAAGAUUCAUCAUCCUCACAUACAACCUUAGCGCGUUAUACUCCUACAGUCUGUCCAUCAAUGACAACGACAACGACGACGAUGAAGGCGGCAUCGACCCCGCCAUCUGGGAAAUCGUCCUCCACCGCACGGUAUCGGUGACUGUGGGCACGAUCUGGGCAAUCAUCGUCUGUCGCUGGAUCUCACCCAUCUCCGCCCGUCACAAGCUCCGCGAAGGUCUCUGUGUCCUCUGGCUCCGCAUGGGUCUCAUUUGGAAGCGCGACCCCUUGGCAAUGUCGCUCCUCGGCGAACCCGCAUCAGCAUACAUGGAUAUACGAGAAGAAGCCGAACUCGUCUCCUUCCUCGCAAAUCUGCGAAGCUUGCGCAAAGCCGCGUCUUCGGAAUUCGAAUUCCAGGGGCCGUUUCCAGAUAAACCGAUUGGGAAUAUGCUCGACCGUGCGGGACGAAUGCUCGAUGCCUUUCACGCCAUGAACGUCGUCAUUUCCAAGAACCUCCAGGCCACGCCCGGCGAAGCCGCGGUCCUCCUAUACACUCGUCCCGAACGAUUCGCCCUGUCCGCACGCAUCUCCCAUCUCUUUACCGUGCUGGCGAGUAGUAUCAAACUCGAAUACCCGCUUAAUGAUGUGUUACCGAGCAUCGACGACACGAGAGAUCGAUUAUUGGCGAAAAUUUCCGAGUUCCGAAGGACAGAGCAGGGACGCACCUUGACGCAGGAGCAGGAUUACGAAAUGUUGUAUGCCUAUGUGCUGGUGACGGGACAGCUGGCCAAGGAUAUCGAAGUGGUGGGCGAGGAAGUCGAGAGGUUAUAUGGGACGUUGAAUGAGGAGAAUUUGAAGUUGCAGUAAUUCGACAAAAGGAUACGAAAAUAACAGGAUCAAGAAACAACAUUGCAAGAAAAAGAAUAUGUUGUGGAUAUUGAGAGGUUGAUAGUCAGUGAUACGAGGAACAAAAUAAUAGAAUGCUGUUUUCUG